AUGACUGACAGCACAAGCAGAUCACGAGAAUCUGGAUCACGUAGGAAUCGUUCCCGAAGACGCAGUAGGAGAGAUGGAAGUAGAAGCCAUUCCUCACACAGAUCAAGGAUUCGCUUUAAACAGAAGGAAAAGAACUUUGCUGCUGCAGUGUGUAGCAUGAUAACAAUAGUUACUCUAUGUACAGCGCUUGCUGAACCAAACUGGAUCUCAUUGUCUGGAGGAGGCUGUACAAUUCCAUUCAAAGGAGAUCUACACCAUCUUGGAGCCUAUCAGUUCUUCUAUGAUGGAACUUUUCAUCAAAAUUCUAAAUCUUUGAACAGUUAUAAAUUUGUAAUGACAAACUGUGUUACAUUUACAACUGUGUUAUUAUUUAAGUUCAUUAUUGCCUUCUGUUUCCUUGGUAUACUAUGCAGCCUUUUUGCCUUCCUAUUGGAUUUGAUGGGUCCUGCUCAUAGGUUUUUAAAGAUGUUAAGAAGAAAUGCUAUAUUUAGUAUAUUAUCAGUGUUAAUGUGUGUGGUUGUGAACCUGUUCUGUUAUUAUGUAACAGUUUAUGUGUCUCAGCUCCAGAAAACAUCCAAACUUCAUAAAGGAAGUAAAGUGGAAGUAUCAUUCGAUAUCAGUUUUUAUUUAGUAACAGCUGCUGGGGGUAUUUCAGUUUUUAGCGUAGCCUGUAACUGUCUCAGACAGCGCUCACCUUACGAAGAAUCAAGACAUAAUUAUAUAAUGAAUGAAUAUGAUGAUCUGAAUAGCUUAUUACCAAAUAUGGAUUUAGAGUCACCAUCAUUGACUUCCUCUGGAAAUAUUCCUCCUCCGCCUGCAUAUACACCUUAA